CAUCCCAUUUCGUGCGGCAACAGCAAUUAUCCAGAUCAAGGAAAUCUGAUUUUUCCACGGUUUAGCGGGCAAAGAAACAUAGUGGAUAGAGACUCAAAAACUUUAUUGAACAAAAUGGAGGGAGGCGAUGGCCCUUCGGCCAUCAGUAGUAAUCCUACUGCUAUUAAAGCUGCACAAGAAGAGAUGGGAAGGUUAGAUGUUCUUGUGUGUGGACAGUGCCAUUCAGUUUUUCAUUUUAUUGAAGAGUUUCAAGAGCAUCGUACAAAAGAAGGCGCUUGUACUCAAGUUUCACAUUUUCGUGAAAAUAGUAAUAACGAACAAAAAGCACAAGUGUGGGCUUUCCUUUUAUGGAAAGAUUCACAAAUUCACCAGGAAGGUUCAGAUAGGGAUUCAACAAAUUCAUGGAAACUAUAUCAAAAAUGGUGCAAAAUGGAUACGCACAUAAGAGAUUCCUGGAUUGCUGCUGGGAAAACUAUUCAAACUUUUACAAAAAUCAGUAAUGCAAAAAUGCAGGAUGUACCAAGGCAAAAUCAAAUAAGCACUAAUGCAGAAGGCAAACCAGUAGUUGUCCGUAAAGUUAUUAGGAACGGACAGCCAGAAGAUGCCGAUAGUAAAAGGGAUAGUAAAUCAGAAGCAAAGAAUCAAAAAAGUAAUGAAUCUUUUGACGAAGUAGAAAAGAAAGAAAAGCCAAAGUUAAAACCGUCGAUAAAACCCAAGGGUAAAUCUAGUAAAGCUGGUGACGAUGAUAGAGAUUCCAGCGAUGAAGAAUAUACCGUAGAAAAAAUAUUAGCAAAACGAUUUAAUCCCAAAAAGAGAUGUUCAGAAUACCUACUGAAAUGGGAAGGUUAUGGACACGAACAUAAUACAUGGGAGCCUGCUGAGCAUGUAGCCACAUGUAAACACUUAUUAGAAGAAUUUGAAAGAAACCUAGCUAAACAAAAAGAAUUAAAAGCAGCUCAGCAGCAGGGUAACGCAAAAGCAGCAGGACGAGGUCACCCUGCUCAUAAAACAGUUAUAAAAACAGAAGCAAAACCUGGACCAAGUACUGCAGCUCAAGUAGGGCGACCCAUGCGCUCAAGUAAAUCAAAAGCGAUGGAUCAAGUGAAGCAAUGGUGUGGUUCGAUGAAAGAUGAAGAUAAUGACCUAUUAGGGAAGAGGAGGAUGGAUUAUUCUGAGAGCGAUUCCGAAGACGGAGGUAGCAGCGCUGCGAAACGAGCGAAAGGCGACACAGGUAGUGACGAAGAUUGGACUGGAGAGUCCGAGGAGGAAAGAUUGUUGGGUCGAAGCGAUGUGAUUCAACGCGCAUUUAAUCGUGCCAAUGCUCAAUCGAAUGGCUCUAACAGAGCAAGUGGUUCGUCUACAGAUCUUGCAACUUCAUUGGGACUUCAAUCUCCCGAAGGAGCAAAAUCUAACCAACCACCGGUUUUAGUCGCGAACGCCAAAGGAGUCGUUAAAGUUGACCCGAAGCAAAUGCCAAAUUUAACGUCCGGCGUGUACGUAAUGUCACGGAAAGAUGGCAUCAUCAAGUUGGAUUCAUCCCCUAGCGGGAAAUUGGCCGUAAAAGGUUCGCCAACCACACAAGGUGUUUUGAUGGUUCAAAAUCGAGAUAAUACUAACGUAGUGAGGAAGCAAGUAAUAUCUGCAUCGCAGUCAAAUUCUGUAACGCCGGUAAAGGUGGUUUCUAAAAUGGAUGGAAGUCAAGUAGUAACCCAGAUGAAAGUAGUUUCUAAGCCUGUUACGAGUAAAGCAGGAGGUACACAGAAAACAGAGCCUAUAAAGAUCCAGCCGAAACCAGAUCCGACACAGUUACCGCAGAUACAUGUCGUGACCGCGGUGCCGGCUCCUAUAACUUUGCAGCCAAGAAUAAGUACAGGAAUACGUCCUGGACCUGUUACAGGCCAACGCAGUGCGGACGGUCGUCCUUUGUUACCGAGACCUCCACUGCGUGCGACAACACCAACUAGCGUACUCGGAAUCGGAUCAACAAUCCGCACACCUGUUAGGGCGCCAGCCCCAAGACAAGUUCAGUCCCAGCAAACACGUCAGGUGCUACAAAAACGUACAACGGCUGUAACUACGCAAAGUAACUCGGUGAGUCCUGGAAAUGUUACUCAGAUUAGACCGAAGUUUACGGUGCUUAGUUCACAGCCGAAGCAAGUGGUAAAGUCUGGAACUAGUCCAGUGCAACAGGCUAAACAAUCACCGAAAACAGCAGUUGGUAAGCCACAGUCAUUAUUAUCUCCGCAGCAAAAGUUAUUAAUGGCAAAAAGGAAAGCUCAAGAAGCAGCGGGUAUCAUUAAACCAGGUGGCCGUGGCCUCCUAGCAGGUGCUCGUGCUACCGUUGGACGAGGCAGAGGGAAAUUGGCUGAUACACCAUCAGCAUCCGCCCCGGGUAACAAACCAAAAGAGAGUAAAUUGGCGGAUGGUGAUGGUCUUCACAUGGAGUUCCAUGAAGUUGGCUCUGAAGAAAGUAGCAGCGAAGGUGAACCGGAACUUCCUCCUUCUGAGGCUGAUACUAUCGCCACCACGGAACCGGACAGUCCACCCAGGCCGUUCACAUUGUGUCCAUUGACAGGACGUAUCAUCGGACCGGAUGGUGAACCUGUGGAACAACCAGCCGAGCAGGAACCUGAGCCUGAAACUACCGGUACACCGUUGUCUACUGUCAAAACGACUACAACUACAUCCGAGAGUAUAGACGUCAAUGCUUCAAGUACCACCACAGAACUGGUUCUACCUUCCCUUGAUUCUCUUACAGAGGGUGGUGGAAUAAUGAGAGUCGAAAUGAGCCCCGGUGGAACAACAGGUACAAUCGUCCAGACCAGUGAGCCAGCGCAGAUCAACCUGACGAACGUCUCCGUUCCUGCUCCAGACCUUCCUUGCUUAGAUGACACAGCUCCUGCCGUGGCCACACCAUCCACAACAACGACAACAUCAUUAACAGAAGCAACACCUGCAAGUGACUCUUCUAUCGCAGCAGGACUGACAACAGCAACAGUUACCUCUACUAGCACAAUAGCAAUUACUUCUACCGACGGAGUCAAGGCUGAGGAGAAAAUACCGGAGGAGAGGAAAGUAGCUGAGGACACGUCGAAUUUGGUGACAAUCACGGGUGAGGACGGUGUAGUUUACCAAGUGGCAGGUCAAGCUGAGGAUGGCCAGACGUUAUUGGUAACGCGAGACGCUGACGGCGAACAACAAUGCGUGUACGUUACCACGGAGCAACAAGGAGACGAGGGAUCCGUGUUAACGUUGGACCAUGCUGUAGCGGAAGCAGUUGCUCAGCUGAUACCUGAUCAAGUGAACUUGGCCUCGCAGUUCUACGUGAAGGAAGGUGGAGCUGAACCUACUGAAAAUCCAAUGGUAAUGUCCAUUAUGGACAAUACGAACACAACAGAUGUGACCGAAGGACAGGAAGACGCCGAUGGUCAUGGACAAGUUGUAGCUCAAGUUGUACAAGCAGAAGAACCUACUCCAGGUGGUACUAGAAGAGUUGUCCUACUCUUACCUGACGGAAACCUGAUGAUGACCGAAGUGACGGAGGAACAAUACGCUGCGCUCGGACUUGGCAAGUGAAGAGACACUUAAACGUUGAUAUCACGCGGAAAGGAUAAAAAGAAACAAAAAACGAUCAUGCAUCGAACUACACAAUUUUACAACGUGAAGUUGUACGCUUAAGGGUGAUCGUGGGUUGUAUAUAUGUAAGAACGUUCACUUCGUACAAUUGCAAUGGAUGAUAAAUUAUUCACCAGUUUCUCCAGUUAAAGCAAAUACAAUGUGAAAAUGGAAUGAAAGAAAUACACGUACACAUGUAUACACGCGCAUACAUACACACAAACACACACGCACGC